AUUUGUGUUCUGUGACCUAACCUAAAAAGAAACUAAUAGUUAAUUAUAAAAUACUAUAUACCAUAAGUAUUGUAUUAAAAAAUAGUGAUGGAGCCCGAUAAGCAUUUACAGAAAGUAGAACUAGCCUCGGACGUAUACGCGAUAUGCAUUCAACACGCUUUAAUAACAGAAAAACAAGAAGUAAUGGGUUUGCUCCUGGGCGAGAUAGAUGAAGAAGAAUGUAUCUCAAAAAUAUCAGCUUGCAUGAUACUCCAUAGGAGUGAUAAACAGCCCGACCGAGUGGAAAUAUCGCCAGAACAAUUAUGCGGGGCCUCUGCCUAUGCUGAAGAGCUCGCCUCCUCCCUGAGGAAGCCCAUAAGGGUUAUAGGCUGGUACCACUCUCAUCCGCACAUUACUGUAUGGCCUAGUCAUGUAGACAUCAAAACCCAAGCAAAUUACCAAAUGAUGGAUCCGCUAUUUGUCGGUUUAAUUUUCUCCGUGUACAACAGCGACCCACAAACGAAAAGCAACCAGGUCCAAUUAACUUGCUUCCAGGCAAAAGUUAACGGGGAUCAACUGGAGAGGCGAGAAGUCCCGUUGUUCAUCCAAAAUGCUCCACUGGCCCCAUACAAUCUGAAACAAAUAGUCGAUUUGCCGAAAAUUUUAAUUCAGGAAGAACUGGAGAUCCAUAGUAAUAAUGACGGUGAGACCAACGACCCCCUUGUGAAAUUACAUAAUGAUGCUGUUAAAACUGUGGCUGUGGCCAAUAUCGUGUCAAACGUUUCUAUCCCUAUAUUAGAGGGUUUAACCGCGAGAUUGAGUGCUACACAAUGUCGCAUUAAGGAGUUGCAGGCUAUUAAGGAGAAAUUGUUGGCCGAGUUGAAAGAAUAAUUGAUUUAUUAACAGGAAAUUAGUCAAGUAAGUUAUGAAAUGAGUUUGUAUUAAGUGAAGCAUAAAAGUUCUUUAAUUAAUAUAUAUUUUUUUU